AUGGCAUCGGCAUUGAGGUCCAGCAUACUGCGUCACAUCCGGGUCCCGGUCUCCCGGACCCUAAUCCUAAAUGGAUCCAAGAUGACGGCCGUACGAUCAAUGUCAUCUCACGGCGACGAUCACCUCGACAAGGAAGAAGUCAUCAACCGAGUCCUCGACAUCGUCAAGAGCUUCCCCAAAGUCGAUCCCGCAAAGGUGACACCUGAUGUUCAUUUUCAGAAGGAUCUGGGUUUAGAUAGCUUGGACAAUGUGGAGAUUGUGAUGGCCAUUGAGGAAGAGUUUAAGCUGGAGAUUCCUGACAAGGAAGCUGAUAAAAUCGACUCCUGCACUCUUGCAAUUGAAUCUUUACGAGUUUUUCUUCCCAUGCUUCCCGUACAUAAAUGA